AUGUCACACCGGCCUUCUUCAUUCACUGCUGACCUGCUGCAUUUAGCGGCAUUGUUUUCGGAGUGUCUCGAGAAAAGACAGACUGUUUAUGAGCGGUGCAAGGUUUUUGGUGUCCCUCUGGAGAAUUUGCCCAGGAGAUACAUCCCUGAGUUUGGACUGGUUCCCUGCUUUUUGGUGGAUGCUUGCUCAUUGCUCCUGGAGCGUGCUGGAACUGUAGGCCUGUUCAGAAAACCAGGCUCUCUUCCUCGCAUUAAGAUCAUCAGGGUCAAGCUGAACCGUGGAGAGGGGUGUCUGUCCACAUCUCUCCCCUACGAUGUGUCGACCCUCAUCAAACAGUUCUGCAGGGAGCUGCCGGAGCCGCUGUUUCCCUCUGAGCUCCACGCAGCUCUGCUCAAAGCUCAGGCUCUGUCCGACCCUCAGGACCGGACUUCAGCCCUCCAGCUGCUGUCCUGCCUCCUGCCUGCCAGAAACUCCUCCUGUCUGCACUACCUGUUUGACUUCCUGUCCAAAAUCUCCCAAAGAUGCAGUGAAAACUUGAUGACCAGCUCCAACCUCGCCACAGUGUUUGCUCCGUGUCUUUACCUCCUCCAAACAAGGCGGAAAUGUCCGAGGGACGACUUGAACUCCGAGUUCUGGUCCUUCGCACCUUCAUUGAAAAUCCUAACCUAUUCGACGGUGCCCUGGAUUAAAGGAAAGCCAAAGUUUGAGCCUCCAGUCCCUGAGCAGAAGCAGAGUCCUCCUCAGGUGACAGACCGGCGAUCAGGAGAAGCCUCGGCCUGGAGACUUUCCCAAACGUGCAGCUCUUCAGGGCCUGCCUUCCCGGUGCAGAUGACAGAAAUGGGCUCUGCGGUGCGGUUAUCGUUGCUCGGCCUCCUCCUGUGCCUGCAGGUCGGCAGGGCUCCAGCACGGAGCCCCCGCACGGUGGACCAGGUGUCUGAGGCCGACAUCCAGCGGCUCCUGCACGGCGUCAUGGAGCAGCUGGGCAUCGCUCGGCCCCGGGUGGAGUAUCCUGCUCAUCAGGCCACCAACAUCGUCGGGCCUCAGAGUAUACAGGGUGGUGCUCACGAGGGGCUGCAGCAUCUCGGCCCCUUUGGAAACAUCCCCAACAUUGUGGCCGAGCUGACAGGCGACAAUGUUCCCAAAGACUUCAGCGAGGACCAUGGAUACCCGGACCCUCCGAACCCCUGUCCCCUGGGGAAAACAGCGGCUGACGGCUGUUUGGAAAACGCUCCAGACACAGCCGAGUUCAGCAAAGAGUUUCAGAAACACCAGCACCUGUUUGACCCAGAGCAUGACUACCCAGCUCUGGCUAAGUGGAACAAGGAGCUGUUGUACCAAAAGCUGAAGGGAGGACCUAAAAGAAGAAAAAGGAGCACCAACCCCUACUUAAUGGGCCAGAGGUUGGAGAACGUGGUCGCCAAAAAAUCUGUUCCUCACUUCUCCGAGGAAGAGGAGGACGUGGCACCGACCGUCUCUGUUGCCAGAUCCUAAAUCCAAAAGCCUAUAAGCUCCUGCACCUGCAACACUCACUGUAAUAUGGAAGUACGCUCUCAGAAUCAACUUUUUAACACUACAUAUCAAAGCAAUCUGGUUAACAAACUGUGGAAAAGUGAGCUCAGAAAAUAAAAUGUCAUGUUUCCCUUACAAAGCAUAAACUUCAGAAAGCUUUGUUAAUGGAAUCAAACGUUAAGGACUUGAAGUGAUGCGACUUCACGAGGGAGAAUUGUCACUUCAAGACAGGGAAACUGCAACAUUUAACAGUAUAGAAAACUCUUCUCUUGAACCCAGCUCUUUGGUAAACAUGUUGGUCAGACUGUGAAAUUUAGGGAUCAUGCUUGACUGUUGACCUUUUGGCUUUCAAGAAAGAACCUUGAAAAGCAAACAAGCUCUGCUUUUCAUGAAGGCUGCUUCAGGAAGAAAAUAAACUCCUUGAAAAAGCAGGAAUUUCUGUUAUUAUAGAACGGAAGAUAUCCUUUCGUAAUCCAAGGAGGGGUAAUUCACUUUUACACUCUGUUGUUUAACAUGCUACACACACAGGCUGAAACACACACACAUGCACAAACAGGAUCCUCUGGACACUUCGGGAAUCACAGAUUCAUAAAAGGAGUCUCUUCUGUUGCGACCGAUUUGAAGGCAUGUUGACUCUUCACCUUACUUUAGCUUCGACUGCUUGUUAACCAAAAUGCUAACAUACGAUGUGUUACAAACGUUGUCUGUCCGUGUACACCAUAUCCUGCUCUGUAUUAUAACAAGAGGUUGUAUAGAGAUAUAUUCAUUUAAAGGAAUGUUGAAUGAGAAAGUUAUAUCCACAACUGUACAUAAAUGAACUCACACUGAAGGUUAUUUUUUUUUGUCUCAAUGCAAUCAGAUAAUCAACUCAUUACUUAUCAUAUUCUGUUCAUUUUGAAUUGAAGUAGCUUUGCUUUGUCAUAUUUAUACAAGGGGGUGCGUGUGAGCUUCACCACUGUAGCAUGGUAACAUUAUUACAUUGUUAUUCCAUUCUAAUUAUCAUACUGCAGAGACUUACUGAAUCUGUAUUGGGUCGGAUCUUCUUAACGUAGAUGUUUGUGUAAAGUCAAAUAAAAGAUUUAGCUGCAUUGA